UUUUUGUGUGUCAAGUUAAGGUAUUAUUAUAUGUGUAGGUGGCAGAACUUAUAGAAAAGGAUCUUAUUUUGAUUGGAUGCACUGCAAUUGAAGACAAGCUUCAAGAAGGAGUACCAACUUGUAUAGAGACACUUUCUAGAGCUGGAAUCAAGAUCUGGGUGCUAACUGGUGACAAGAUGGAAACAGCAAUAAAUAUAGCUUAUGCAUGCAACUUAAUUAACAAUGAGAUGAAACAAUUCAUCAUCAGUUCUGAAACUCAUCUUAUUAGGGAAGCUGAAGGCAGGGGAGACCAAGUAGAAAUUGCACAUGUUAUUAAGGAAGAAGUCAAGAAAGAGAUGAAGAAGUGUCUUGAGGAAGUGCAGCAUUACUUAAGAACUGUAUCUGGACCAAAAUUAGCACUUGUAAUUGAUGGAAAGUGUUUGAUGCAUGCAUUAGAUCCAAGUUUACGUGUAACACUUCUCAACUUGAGCUUGAAUUGCUCUUCAGUUGUAUGCUGCCGAGUUUCUCCUUUACAGAAAGCACAGGUGACAAGUCUUGUCAGAAAAGGUGCCCACAAGAUUACACUUAGUAUUGGUGAUGGUGCCAAUGAUGUUAGCAUGAUUCAGGCUGCUCAUGUUGGAGUUGGAAUUAGUGGGUUGGAAGGGAUGCAAGCUGUGAUGGCUAGUGAUUUUGCAAUUGCUCAGUUUCGAUUUCUUACAGAUCUACUUCUUGUCCAUGGUCGUUGGUCGUAUCUUAGAAUAUGCAAGGUUGUGACAUACUUCUUCUACAAGAAUCUUACAUUUACGCUGACUCAAUUUUGGUUCACGUUUCGAACUGGAUUUUCUGGUCAAAGAUUCUAUGAUGAUUGGUUCCAAUCAUUGUAUAAUGUUGUAUUUACUGCCAUGCCAGUGAUCAUUCUUGGGCUUUUUGAAAAGGAUGUUGGUGCUUCCCUUUCAAAGAAAUACCCUGAGCUGUACAGGGAGGGAAUAAGAAAUGCCUUUUUCAAAUGGAGAGUUGUGGGGAUAUGGGCUAUCUCUUCUGUGUACCAGUCUCUAGUAUGCUAUCACCUUGUGACCUCUUCCAGUUAUGAUAGUAAAAGUUCGUCAGGAAAAAUAUUUGGUCUAUGGGAUGUCAGCACAUUAGUUUUCACUGCUGUUGUUAUAACUGUCAAUUUGCGAAUUCUUAUGAUGAGUAAUACAAUAACAAGAUGGCAUAAUAUCACUGUUGGAGGAAGCAUUCUAGCAUGGUUCAUUUUCAUUUUUAUAUAUUCAGGGAUUAUGACUCCACAUGAUAGAAAUGAGAAUGUUUAUUUUGUCAUAUAUGUCCUAAUGAGCACAUUCUACUUCUAUGUUGCACUGCUUUUAGUUCCUACAGUUGCCCUUCUGGGAGAUUUCAUUUACCAAGGCAUUGAAAGAUGGUUCUUUCCCUAUGAUUAUCAGAUUAUUCAGGAAAUCCACAGGCAUGAACCUGAUGAUAAUAGUAAGGCAGAGAAAUUGGAGAUUGGAAACCAACUUACACCUGAAGAGGCAAGAAGCUAUGCUAUUGCGCAACUUCCGAGGGAAAUAUCAAAGCACACUGGCUUUGCCUUUGAUUCACCAGGCUAUGAGUCAUUUUUCGCUUCACAGUUAGGUAUAUAUGCUCCACAAAAAGCAUGGGAUGUUGCUAGGAGAGCCAGCAUGAAGACACGGCCAAAAUUACCCAAGAAGAAUUAAAUAGAAUGGUUGACUGUAUAUUAUUCUUUUUGCCAUUUUGACAGACGGUUUUAGAGAAGUUUGUAUAAAAGUAGCAGUUCAUGUUUUUGUUCUCCAUAUAUUUUCCCACAUUUGCUUCCACUUCGUCCAUUUAUUUAUUAUUAGAGACAGACUGGAAGGAAAUCUAAAGCAAAACAAGAACUUUGGAUUUGAAGGCGUAAUUGCAGAUGAGAAGCUUUCUUUUUUUGUUUUUGGGAAUUCAUUUCAGAUUGUAUAUCAGUUAGCUUAGUUGUUGAAAUUGGAGACAAAAACAUGCGAAGAUAAUUUUGUAUUUUAGCUGUAAAUUACUAUAUUCUUUUUAUUAAACGAAGCCUCGGUUCCUGUGUCA